CCCUCUUCACUCUCUUCUGAAGCAGAGCCUCCUCAUCACCACUCAACAUGUUCAAAAGCAGCAGCAGCAACUUCAGCUCCAGGAGCUCCACGUCGGGAGGCGGAGGUGGAGGUCGUGUGAGUGCUGGCUCCAUGUACGGUGGAGCUGGAGGCGGAGGAGUUAGGAUCUCCAACUCCUCCUCAAUGUUUUCCAGCGCUGGAGGUGGAGGUGGAGGUGGCUUCAGCUACGGUAGCGGAGGAGGAGGAGGCUCUGGGUUUGGCUUCGGCUCCGGCGGUGGCGGUGGCUGUGUAGACAUCUCGGCCAAUGAGAAGGCCACCAUGCAGAACCUGAACGACCGCCUGGCCUCCUACCUGGACAAGGUCCGCAAGCUGGAGACCGCCAACGGGGAGCUGGAAAUCAAGAUCAGGCAGUUCCUGGAGAGCAAGGCGGGGCCCUCCUCCAGAGACUACAGCGCCUUCUACGUCACCAUCGCAGACCUGCAGGGAAAGAUCCAGGUAGCCACCAAAAUCAACGGCGGUAUCUACCUCUCCAUCGACAACGCCAAGCUGGCCGCCGACGACUUCCGGCUCAAGUUCGAGAACGAGCUGGCCAUGCGGCAGUCGGUGGAGGCCGACAUCGCCGGUCUGAGGAGAGUCCUGGACGAGCUGACCAUGAGCCGGUCCGACCUGGAGAUGCAGAUCGAGGGCCUGAAGGAGGAGCUGAUCUUCCUCAAGAAGAACCACGCGGAGGAGCUGCUGUCCAUGCGCGCUCAGAUGAGCGGCCAGGUGAACGUGGAGGUGGACGCCGCCCCGGGUCAGGACCUCAGCAAGAUCAUAGACGAAGUCAGGGAGCAGUACGAAGCGUCCGCCGCCAAGAGCCACAAAGAGCUGGAGGUCUGGUUCCAGACUAAGUCAGAAGCACUCAACAAAGAAGUCACCGUCAGCACUGAGAUCAUCCAGACGUCCAAAACAGAGCUCAGCGAUCUGAAGCGGACUUUGCAGAGCCUGGAGAUCGAGCUGCAGUCCCAGCUCAGCAUGAAAGCGUCUCUUGAAUCCCAGCUGGCCGACACCCAGAACCGCUACUCCAUGCAGCUGUCGGGGUACCAGAUGCAGGUGACCUCCAUGGAGGAGCAGCUGAUGCAGCUGAGGGCCGACCUGGAGAGGCAGGGGCAGGAGUACCAGAUGCUGCUGGACAUCAAGACCCGGCUGGAGAUGGAGAUCGCCGAGUACCGGAGGCUGCUGGACGGGGAGGGAAGCGGCAGCGUCAGCGUCAGCCGCAGCGGCGGCAGCUCGUCCACCAGCACAACCACCACCAAAGUCAUCACUGUCGUCGAGGAGAUCGUGGACGGGAAGGUGGUGAGCUCCAGCAUCGGGUAGUAGAGUUGGCGAGCGCCAGCAGGAGGCGCUCUCAUGGAAACAAACACUACAAUAAAAGUCUGCUGAUGAAA